AUGGCGCCUGCACUAGCACCCGACUACUUCGUCGGUUUUGACGUAUCCGACGACGACAAGCCCUUCCUACUCGAUGUUCUGGCCCAUCCCGGUACUCCUUGGGAGGAGAAGAUGGUUGUCUCCGACAUUUGCCUCUUCAGCGGCUUCGAGGACUGGUACCUGAAGCUGGAGUGCGCGGCCUCAAUCAGAGACAACCGCCCGCCUUCUGCCUCCGAGCUCGAUGCCCGAGAUGUUCUAGCCUUCGUCCUGCGUCCGACCAAGGCUGCAGUAGCUAACGAGGAGCUGCGCAAGGGCUGGGCCGCUACCGAUCAGUCCAUCAAGAACUUGUCGGCUAUGCUUCGGGUCCAUCGGUCAGGCCUCACUGCAUCGCCCCAGCCCGUCGAGAAGGAGGAGCGAGUUAUCAAGCGAGAGGGUGGUCUGAAGCGGGAGCGUGACGAUGACGCAACUGAGGCCCCCCGGCGAGUCAAGCGACAGAGAACCGCGCCCAAGGCCACCUCUCACUACUUUGCGCCUCCGGGGGAUGAGCACGCACAGCAGCAAUCGGCAUCCACAUCCCCGGCCGGUAGUGAACAACCCGAUCCCUCAGCAAUCCUCCGUCACGGCAUCGCUACACCGCGCAACAGCCCCCGCAAGUCCAGCAACCCUGAGUCCGCAAAUGCAAGCGCCUCUGACAGCCAGGGAUCUUCGGGCAGAGAAGCCAUCCUGGCCCACCCGACUGUCUCCGUCCCCAUCGCCGUCCCCGACGACCUCAUCCGGCCCCUUGUCCCCCCUGGAUUUGAGCCAUGUCAAAUCGGAGGAGUAGGCGGGCCGUCGCCCAAACGGAAGCCUGCUGUCAUGUCGCCCUUUUUUACACAAUCCCCAGCGAAGCAAUCGCCCAAGCAGUCUCCGAAAAAGCGAAAUGGCCUUGUCUCGACUAUUCCCUUUCCACCGCUCUCAGCGCCGCGAUUUGGUCUUAUUCAGGAGGAAAUGGCUCAUGAGCCCUUUUGGCUAUUGGUUGUCGUUACUUAUCUCGUCAAAACGGCAGGCACGCUGGCUAUUCCUACGUUUUACAAGAUCAAGGAGAAGUACCCUACACCUGCUGCCCUGGCUGAGGCAGACCCAAAUACCAUUAUGAAUAUGACGCACCACUUGGGUCUUUCUGUUGUCAGAACGGCGGCGAUUCAGCGAUAUGCACGGCUAUGGUUGGAGAGACCACCUACGGCGGGAGUCCUUUAUAGAGUAAAGAACUACGACAAACGAGAUAUUUUAUUCAAUGCCAUUACACGACAUACGGAGGACGAGCACGAAGAGGAACACACGACGCCAGCUGCUACAGACGAUUCUUGGGAAAUGGGCCACUUCACCCAAGGCAAAUACGCGCUCGAUAGCUGGCGCAUCUUCUGCCGCGACGAACUCCUCGGACGGGCCCAGGACUGGAACGGCAAGGGCGCGGCACCCAACUUCCAGCCCGAGUGGAUGAGAGUACGACCCGACGACAAGGAGCUUCGGGCGUGUCUGCGGUGGAUGUGGAUGCGAGAAGGAUGGGAAUGGGACCCCGUCACGGGCGAGAAGACGGUCCUGCGCGAAGAGAUGCGGAAGGCUGUGAACGAGAAACGUGUAGAAUACGACGAAGUUGGCGGGCUCAAGAUCGUCGACGAGCCGCGAUCAGAGUGA